CCUUACGUCGCGGGAGGGGGGCAUGGGGGUCCGAACAACGGGACUCGUUACUGUUUGGACAGCUCGAAUUGUUGGUGCUCAUUUAACGACUGGUGUCUGACGUACGUUGGAUCACGACCAAGCGAGCGUCCUUCGUCGUCGCGGCGUCGCGACGAUUCGUUUAUCUCCGUUUCGCGCAAAAUGACCGUCCAGUGUUCUGUAGUUUGUUUUCCGAGUGUAGAUUAAGCCUACCUGAAGAGAGGCAGCGUCGCAAUAUAUAAUGGAUAACGUGACAGGGAUAAUAUACGCAAUAUGUCGAGGAUUUGUGGACAGCUUAAAAGGUGCUGUAGUCCUCUUUUAUAUGGACAAACAGAUAAACGAGAAGUUAGUUAGAAAAUCUCCCACAAGAUUGGAAAUCAGGAGAAGAGACAUGAACAGUCCAGCUAAGCACAAUAAACUGCAAAAAGAAUCCACAGUGCUGAGGAGAGCCAUGCAGUGUUGUGCAUUAAACGGUGGUGUAUUUUGGGCUAGCAUAUUAAUAUUUGAAUGUGGACUGCUGCCACUUCUCGAGUACUUACUAAGUGUUAUAUUCGACCAUUCACCUGGGAUGGGUCUCAUUGUGUGGUCGUGGAUCCAGCCAUUUUUAUCACUUACAUUUAGCACAAUAUGGAUACUACCAUUGUUCUUGCUCAGCAAGAUAGUUAACAGUUUGUGGUUUCAGGACAUAGCAGAUAGAGCGUACAGAUACAGACAAGGGAGACCGUUACUUCUGUCCAGUGUGAGCAAACUGAUAGCUGACACGCUUUUUAGCAUAUUGGUCCAAGCAUUGUUUCUGGGACAAGGAAUGCUUGUGUCCAAGGUGCCACUGAAGCCAUUAGGUGACAUUCUUGCCCUUGUCCACAUGUGCCUUUUAUAUGCUCUCUACGCCUUUGAGUAUAAGUGGUUCAAUAUGGGCUGGGAGUUGCACAGACGAUUGACAUUUAUUGAAGGCAAUUGGCCAUACUUUUUAGGCUUCGGUAUGCCAUUAGCGGUACUUACACAACUGCCCAAUUCAUAUGUUGUAAGUGGCUGUGUUUUUUCUAUUUUGUUUCCACUGUUCAUUUUAAGUGGAAACGAAGCGGAGCCUGUAACGGGAGUAUGUGAUUGUCAGCUGAAAUUAUUUUCGCCAGUAAUCGCAAUUGCAAACACAUUAUUUAAUAAGACUAUUGGACGGGCCAAUAGACGGUGACGUUGAAAACGAUGCGCAAAGUCAUGCCUAAUUUAUGCCGUUUGCAUGUUAGGGAUAUACAAUUUAUUAUAAAGGGAUGCUCAUAAAACAAUAAUUACAUAAGGUAAUAUAUCGGAUAAGGUGUUUAAAUAAUUGCGGAAAAAACGAUAUUACUUUUAUUAUAUUAGGUCAUUAAAUAUGAAACUUUAUAAAUAUAUAUAUACACACACACA